AUGCACCGGAUGUGGAAGACGGAUAGAGGAGCGAGGGAGGGGGCAAGCAUAGAGGAUUCUGGCGGUGGUGCUGCUCAGAACGAUGGCAAAGGAGGAGGCUACUUUGGUUCUGACCUGCAGCGGCCGGUGUGGCGGGAGAUGGGGUUGGCUGCUAAAGCAGUGAAACAUGGAUUGUUGAAGCCUAAUGUUCAACAAGAUGAGGGUUUGCUUAGUUCUGCAUGCCUCAAGAAAAAAGAGGUUCAACCGAAAAGUUCAAAGAGACAUAAACCUUGGAUCGAGAAGACACGCAAGUACAAAAAGAAAGACCCAAAGGAAUCUAGCCAGCAAGAGAAAGAGAAUCAAGUUGGUGGAGAAACUCAAGCAACAACUGAAAAUGCUAAUAAUGCCAGCAAUGCAUUCAGGAGCUACACAGACUUGCUAAUGGGUUCUAAUGGAAUUGAUGAUAUGGAUUUUGGAGAUCUUCUUUAGGUUCCUAUUUCAUGACAAGAAGAAGAUAGUCCAUCUUCUUCUUUUGGCCUGAAUAUGUUCAGCUUGAAGAAAUUUGUGAAAAACACUGCAAAAUGGUGUUCUUUUGUGUAGAACCUGCAGCUCUAGUACUAUAUUUUGUUGGAG